CAUGAGGAACUCCCAAAGCUCGAAAAUAUUUUGACAAUGGCAUUGGCAGCAUUUCCAAAUACUACUCUUCAGUUUUUCCAACCUCACCUCUCUCCUUCCACCUUGCAAUCCUCAACGGUCAGAAAUCAUCCUGUUGUUUUGGCGCGAAGUUCCGUCGGACAGGCCCCCUCUUCUUCCACUGGCGCUGGCGCUGCCUCUCUCCAAGACAACAAAUCUUUCUCAGGGAAGGCAGAAGCUGAUGUUGUAGUCAUUGGAAGUGGGAUCGGGGGAUUGUGUUGCGCGGGGCUUUUGGCUAGGUACCAGCAAGAUGUUCUUGUCUUAGAGAGUCAUGAUCUGCCUGGGGGUGCUGCUCAUUCAUUCGAGAUUAAAGGCUUUCAGUUUGACUCCGGCCCCUCUCUAUUCUCCGGAUUUCAGUCCAAAGGCCCUCAGGCUAAUCCUCUUGGACAGGUUCUUGAUGCAUUGGGGGAGGCAAUUCCUUGUGCCAGUUAUGAUUCAUGGAUGGUCUACUUACCUGAAGCUGAAUUUCUAUCACGCAUUGGUCCCACGGAGUUUUACAAGGACCUCGAGAAGUAUGCAAGUCCAAAUGCUGUUCGAGAGUGGAAAAAACUUCUUGAUGCCAUUCUCCCGUUGUCUGCAGCUGCAAUGGCUCUGCCUCCGCUUUCCAUCCGAGGGGAUUUAGGUGUUCUUUCCACUGCUGGAGCUAGAUAUGCUCCCUCUCUCUUGAAAUCUUUUGUUGAAAUGGGACCGCAGGGAGCACUUGGCGCCACAAAGCUUCUCAGACCAUUCUCAGAAAUCGUUGACUCGUUGGAACUGAAAGAUCCCUUUAUACGUAACUGGGUGGACCUACUGGCUUUCUUGCUUGCUGGGGUGAAAUCUAAUGGUAUACUUUCAGCAGAGAUGAUUUACAUGUUUGCAGAAUGGUAUAAGCCAGGUAGCUGUCUUGAGUACCCUCUGCACGGAAGUGGUGCAGUUGUUGAUGCUCUUGUCCGGGGAAUGAAGAAAUUUGGUGGGCGUAUUUCUCUAGGAAGUCACGUAGAAAAGAUUGUUGUCGAAAAUGGUCGAGCAGCAGGAGUCAAGCUAAGAAGCGGUCAAUUUAUACGUGCAAAAAAAGCAGUUGUUAGCAAUGCAUCUAUGUGGGACACUCUAAAUCUAUUACCUAAGGAAGUUGUUCCAAAGUCAUUUCUCGACAGGACUAAGACGACCCCCCAAUGUGAAUCGUUCAUGCAUCUUCAUUUGGGAUUCGAUGCAAAGGACAUACGCGAGGACUUGGGGAUUCAUCACAUAGUUGUUAAUGACUGGGAUAGAGGAGUAGAUGCCGAUCAGAACGUUGUUUUGAUAUCUAUACCUAGCGUACUAAGUCCGGAUCUUGCACCACCUGGGAAACAUGUGUUGCAUGCUUAUCUUCCUGGAACCGAACCCUUUGAUUUGUGGAAAGGAUUGGACCGUAAAAGCUCUGCAUAUAAAGAGCUCAAAGCUGAAAGAUCUGAGGUUAUGUGGAGAGCCGUGGAGCGCGCAGUUGGUCCCGGAUUUAGCCGUGAGAAAUGCGAGGUGAAGUUAGUCGGAUCUCCAUUGACGCACCAGAGGUUUCUUCGAAGGAACCGAGGAACGUAUGGUCCAGCAAUACAAGCCGGUAAAGGGUCCUUCCCGGGGCAUUCAACUUCCAUCCCUCAGCUUUAUUGUUGUGGUGACUCUACAUUUCCCGGCAUCGGAGUCCCUGCAGUUGCUGCCAGUGGUGCCAUUGUAGCCAACUCACUAGUUUCUGUGUCUCAACACUCUCAACUUCUUGAUGCCAUUGGAAUUUGAAUUUUCUUAUCAACUUUUUUGUAACAUUUCUCAGAGUUUAUUUGUCUUUUACACACUUUUGGUUUGUAUUAUUUCUUCCUCUGAGACUUGUGUUAUACUGCUACAUAUUAUGAAUGGAUGAUACAAUAUUAUGUA